UCGAUGGAGAGGCACGAGAAGGAGGGUUGAUCCGUGCUGCGGGAGCUCGCGCACUCGACUCCGUCUGAACCAGUCCGAGAGCCUCUCGUGCAAUAACAAGUUUGACAAUUUUGAAUUUCCUUCUGACGGAAAAGGGAACGGAUUAUAUGAACGGAUUCUGAAGUCUUUGUUGUCGUUUUCUUGGCUUCUUCGGUCAUCGGAUUUUGUCUUUUUAUUGUGGCAUCUUUUCCUGAACGUUACCGUAAAAACGGGAAUUAACGUGAUUUGGGCUUUUGUUUUUCUUUGCUCUACAGCGGCACGCGCAAAUAAGAAAAGGAACGGCAAAGUAAACGGACCCAGCUGUGCCAACGACGCGCGAGCCGAUAGAUUCCAUAGCCUAUAUAUAUAGGCUAUAUUUUAUAUUUUUCUUUUCCUGCUGCCUGACACCGCGUGCACCCCGGACCUCCGCCUUUGUUUUUUGACUGAUCCCGGCUGCCCGUGUGGCGCCGCGUGCACCCCUGAUGGUGCGGACGGUCGGCGCACGGUGGCUCGAGCUGCCGUUUGGACACGCCGCCCGGUGAUGGAGAUGAUGAUGAUGAUGGUGCGGGUACGCGGUUGAUUCCGGGAGAUGCUUUUCCACUCGAGUGGGAUUUACGUGCUGUUUCUUAAGUGGAAUCGUUCGCGUGACGAUGACCUCCAACCGCGCUUUACGCCGUGCUGCGCUCGCCCCGAAAUCUUCGAGCUAACCGUUCCCACAGCCGGGAACUGCGGGAAGGGAGGGAUAAUAUUAACCGACGCAACCGUGAGGAGAAGAACCCAGUAACAGCAGCAGCAGCAGCAGCAACAGCAACAAGCGGCAGCGGUGAUGGAGCUGUCCGAGGUCCGGUGCUCCAGCGCGAGCGAGGAGCUGUACACCAUCAACAAGACGCCGAGCAGCAGCAACAACAGCAGCGGCAGCGGCAGCGGCGGCAGCGCGCGACCCAAACGCCUGCUGUGGCAGAACGCGGUGCGGCACAUCACCGAGCAGCGGUUCAUCCACGAGCAGGGCGGGGGAGGCGGGGCGGGGGUGAAGGACGAGCCCUACGACCCGAGCCAGGAGGGCGCGCGGAAGCAUUCCGCGGGGCGGACGUCGGUGGGAGACCGGCACAACAACGGCGGCACCAAGGUGUUCCCGGCGGAGCGCGCGAGCAGCGACCUGGGCUUCCUGCAGAUCGACUGCGCGCCGAGCAACUCGGACUUUUUCCUGAACUGGGGCUACACGUACCGGGGCGUCAUCUUCCCCACGCUGCGGAACUCCUUCAAGUCCCGCGACCUGGAGCGGCUCUACCAGCGCUACUUCCUGGGCCAGAGGCGCAAAUCCGUGGUGGUGAUGAACAUCCUGGACGUGGUGACGAAGCUCACGCUGCUGGUGCUGCACCUGACGCUGGCCUCGUCCCCGAUGGACCCGAUCAAGGGCACGCUCCUGGGCUUCUUCACGGGCGUCGAGGUGGUCAUAUGUGCCUUAGUGGUGGUGCGGAAGGACACCACGUCGCACAGCUACCUGCAGUACAGCGGCGUGGUCACGUGGGUGGCCAUGGCGACGCAGAUCCUGGCGGCCGGCCUGGGCUACGGGCUGCUCGGGGACGGGGUGGGCUACGUGCUGUUCACGCUGUUCGCCACCUACAGCAUGCUGCCGCUGCCGCUCACCUGGGCCAUCAUGGCCGGCCUGUUCACCUCGGGGCUCCACAUCCUGGUCCAGAUGCUCAUCUCCCAGAAUGCACCGCUCUCCACCAACCAGGUAGCGGCUCAGGCUGUGUUGUUCAUGUGUAUGAACACCGCUGGGAUAUUCAUCAGUUACCUGUCGGACCGUGCUCAGCGGCAGGCCUUCCUGGAGACGCGGCGCUGCAUCGAGGCUCGGCUGCGACUCGAGACAGAGAACCAGAGACAGGAGAGACUGGUGUUAUCAGUCCUGCCACGUUUUGUAGUUUUGGAAAUGAUCAACGACAUGACAAAUGUAGAGGACGAACACCUCCAGCAUCAGUUUCACAGAAUCUACAUCCACCGCUACGAGAAUGUCAGCAUUCUUUUCGCAGAUGUUAAAGGCUUCACAAACCUCUCCACGACGCUGUCAGCACAGGAGCUGGUGCGAAUGUUGAAUGAACUCUUUGCACGCUUCGACCGCCUCGCACAUGAGAACCACUGUCUACGGAUAAAGAUCCUGGGAGACUGUUACUACUGUGUGUCUGGUCUCCCCGAGCCAAGACAGGACCACGCCCACUGCUGCGUGGAGAUGGGCCUGAGCAUGAUCAAAACCAUCAGAUAUGUGAGAUCACGUACGAAACACGACAUUGACAUGCGUAUCGGGAUCCACUCAGGCUCAGUGCUGUGCGGUGUGCUAGGACUCAGGAAGUGGCAGUUUGACGUCUGGUCCUGGGACGUCGACAUCGCCAACAAGCUGGAGUCUGGAGGGAUCCCAGGGAGGAUUCACAUCUCCAAAGCGGCGUUGGACUGUCUGAACGGCGACUACGAAGUGGAGGAGGGUCACGGGAAGGACCGCAACGACUUCCUGCGCCGCCACAACAUCGAGACGUACCUCAUCAAGCAGCCGGAGGAGAGCACGCUCAGCCUGCCCGAGGACAUCAUGAAGGAGUCGGCCAGCUCGGCGGACCGCCGCGCCAGCAGCACCACCUUCAACGAAGCGUCCUGGAGCCCCGAGCUGCCCUUCGACAACAUUGUCGGGAAGCAGAACACUCUGGCUGCCCUAACAAGAAAUUCGAUAAAUCUGCUUCCAAACCAUCUCGCACAAGCUUUGCAUGUCCAGUCUGGUCCUGAGGAAAUUAACAAGCGAAUAGAGAGCGCCAUCGACUUAAGGAGUGGCGAUAAGUUGAGAAGAGAGCAUAUCAAGCCUUUCUCACUGAUGUUUAAAGACUCCAGCCUGGAACAGAAGUACUCCCAGAUGAGGGACGAGGUGUUCAAGUCCAACCUGGUGUGCGCCUUCAUCGUGCUCAUCUUCAUCACCACCAUCCAAAGCCUGCUUCCCUCUGCCAGGAUGGUAACCAUGGUGAUCCAGUUCUCAAUCCUCAUCGUCCUCCAUUCCUGUCUGGUCCUAGUUACCACGGCGGAAGACUACAAGUGUCUGCCUCUGGUCCUGCGCAAAGCCUGCUGCUGGAUCAACGAGACGUACGCAGCGCGAAACGUCAUCAUCUUCAUCUCGAUCCUCAUCAACUUCCUGGCAGCCAUGAUCAAUAUACUGUGGUGCGACUUCGACAAGUCCAGCACCUUGAGGAACCAGACGUACAACGAGUCGGUCUCCAUCCCAGACAUCUGCUUCUACCCAGAGUAUUUUGUGUUCACGGGGGUCCUGGCGAUGGUGACGUGCGCCGUCUUCCUGCGGCUGAACUCAGUGUUGAAGUUGGCGGUGCUGCUGGUGAUGAUCGCCAUCUACGCGCUGCUCACCGAAGCUUUCUACACCUCGCUGUUCGUCCGCUACGACACCGUCCACCACAACACAGAAAACUUCCUGGGGACCAAAGAGACGUCUUUGCUCCUGAUGGCCAUGUUCCUCCUCGCUGUGUUUUACCACGGCCAGCAGCUGGAAUACACGGCGCGGCUGGACUUCCUGUGGCGCGUUCAGGCCAAAGAGGAGAUCAACGAGAUGAAGGAGCUGCGGGAACACAACGAGAACAUGCUGAGGAACAUCUUGCCCAGCCACGUGGCCCGACACUUCCUGGAGAAGGACCGGGACAACGAGGAGCUGUACUCCCAGUCCUACGACUCGGUGGGCGUGAUGUUUGCGUCCAUCCCGGGCUUCGCCGACUUCUACUCCCAGACUGAGAUGAACAACCAGGGGGUCGAGUGCCUCAGGCUCCUCAACGAAAUCAUUGCCGACUUUGACGAGUUGCUAGGCGAGGAGCGUUUCCAGGACAUCGAGAAGAUCAAGACGAUUGGCAGCACCUACAUGGCCGUCUCCGGUCUGUCGCCUGAAAAGCAGCAAUGUGAAGAUAAGUGGGGUCACCUGUGUGCGUUGGCUGACUUUGCCAUCGCCCUCAACGAGAGCAUCCAGGAGAUCAACAAGCACUCGUUCAACAACUUUGAGCUGAGGAUCGGGAUGGCCCACGGCUCGGUGGUGGCGGGCGUGAUCGGCGCCAAGAAGCCCCAGUACGACAUCUGGGGGAAGACGGUGAACCUGGCGAGCCGCAUGGACAGCACGGGGAUCAGCGGCAAGAUCCAGGUGCCCGAGGACACCUACCUGAUCCUGAAGGAGCGCGGCUUCGCAUUCGAGUACCGCGGCGAGAUCUACGUCAAGGGCAUCAGCGAGCAGGAGGGCAAGAUCCGCACGCACUACCUGCUGGGCCGCGUGCAGCCCAACCCGCUCAUCAUGCAGCCGCGCAAGAUCACGGGCCAGUACUCGCUGGCGGCCGUGGUGCUCGGCCUGGUGCAGUCGCUGAACCGCCAGAAGCAGAAGCAGAUCCUAAACGACAACAACUCGGGCAUCCUGAAGGGCCACCACCACUACAACCGGAGGACGUUGUUAGCGCCCGGUAGCUCCGAGGUGGGAGCGGGACAUCACCCGGAAGCAGCUGAUAAGACUGAGCUGUCCUGAAGGGCACACGGGAGUUUUAGUUCCACACAGGUGUCCCAGAGGCAGAGCUGCUCUGCAGGCAGAAUACAUUCCAGAGGUUGAGUUAAACUUCAGCCAAUGAGGCUUUCUUUUAAGAUUUGUUUUCUGGCAUUUUAGGCCUGAAUUUUUAUUUGAUAGGUCAGCUUAUACAUUUAAAGGGAGAGAGAGAGAGAGGGGGAGAAAGGCAUGCAGCAAAGGGGACGCAGGUCGGAACCGAACCAGCGGGUGUGACCGGUCUGAUCCAGUCUCGUAGGCUUGGUCGCCGCAGCGUGACGUCAGGUUGCGUUUCUCCAAAAGUUUAAAUCGGUGUCAACUUUUCACCGCAGGCCGCUGCAGGUUUUUACGGCUCCCGCCUCUGGCUAGAGAUGGUCCGAUACGGUAUCGGCUCCGAUACUGCCUGAAAUACUGGAGUUUAUGUACCGAUCCGAUUCCACGUAAUAAAGCCCUAAAGAAAAUCUGAGUUAAAGUAGUUUAUUUAUGUUCUUUUUCUGUUAUAACU